AUGGCUCUGGGAUUGUUCAAAAAGAACAAAGGGAACGACGCCGUCGCGGAGAACAAGGACGUCGUAGAAGAGGACACCAAAGUGGACAACAAGCUGACGGAGUCCACCGCAGCCGAGUCGGAAGCCAAGUCCGCGGUUGCAGCCAAGAAGAAGAAGAAGAAGAACGCCAAGAAAGGUAAGGCCUCGAAGAAGGACGCCUCGUCCGAGUCUUCCAGCUCGUCGGACUCCUCCGACGAGAGCGACGGGGAGGCGGCCAAUGGAGAUGCGCACGUAGAGGCGAACGUGGAGAAGGACUCCGCGAACGUGGCCAAGCCCAGCUCCGACUCGUCAGACUCAUCGGACUCCUCCGAUUCCUCAGAGGAGGAAGAGGCCAAGGUGGAGAAGGCGGAGAAGCCAGCCAAGGGCAAGGCGGAGAAGGCGGAGAAAGCGGCCAAAGCGGCGAAGGAGGCCAAGGCGAAAGCGGCCAAAGAGGCCAAGUCCAAGGCGAAGGUGAAAGCUGCAGAAGCCAAAGCUGCGGAAGCCAAAGCUGCGGAAGCCAAAGCUGCGGAAGCCAAAGCUGCAGAAGCCAAAGCUGCAGAGGCCAAAGCGGCUGCGAAGAAGGCGAAGGAGGCGGACUCCGAUUCCGACUCAGACUCAGACACGGACUUCGACUCGGACUCUGACUCCGACUCCGACUCGGAUGACGACGAAGCGGAGCAGCAGAAGCUGCAGCAGCAGAUGGAAGAGCAGAAACUGCAGAAGCAGCAGAAGCAGCAGAAAAAGCUGAACAACGGAAAGGCGGCGAACCCUGGUGGAGAGCUAGCCGAUGGGCAGACGGGAGGAAAGAACAAAAGGAAAAACGAAGUGGCCGUUGCGGACAACAACAAGGGAAAAAACAAAAAGCAGAAAUUUAACAAAAAUGGAAAGGACAACGUAGCCAAUGGGGAGGACGAUGCGGAUGAGGAUGACGAGGAGGAAGAGGAAGAUCAAGACGAUGUGAAUUUCCCCUCCGAGUUUAUAGUAACCAUACUAAACAUAAGCAGAGACACAGAGGAGGCAGACUUCAGGGUCUACCUAAAGGAGUUGCUAGGCGAAGAAUAUGAAGAGGAGAAGCUCACCAUCUACAUGAAUCGACCCUACAACAGUGCCUAUAUACAUGGCUCAGACAAAAGGGUAAUGGACAUCUUCGCGUCUAAGUACAAUGAGAAGUUUAAUGGCGUCCCCAUAAAAAUUCAUCUGAACCCUAAUGCCAUAUGCUCAGUUACGCUUUCGCACCUCGGGAAGAGCAUUACAGAGGAGCAGCUGAGAGGCGCUUUCGAGACGUAUGGGAAUAUCACCAAGAUGCAUUUUUUCGCUGGCAGAACCAAAGCGCAGAUUACCUAUGACAGCUUGGAGAGUUGCGUGAAAUCCUUGGAGCAUGACGGGCUGCUCGUAGGGGAGAGCUACGUGCACGUGGCGUUGAUGCUGAAUGGGAAUAACUAUAACGGGAAUUACUCCGAAAACGCCUACGGGAACAGGGGCAACAGGAACAACUACCACGGUAGUAGUAGCAAUAAUCAUAACAAUGGGGGGGAUAACGACGGCGCGAAUGGAGGAGGCAGGGGCGGCAACUUCUUUGGAAAGAAGUUCGCCCACGUCAACAAGUUCAGCAGGAACGGCAGCAGCAACUUCAACCGAGGCAACGACGACACCAACGGCGGGGGCUUCAACAAGGGGGGGGGCAACUUCAACAGGGGCGGCAACUUCAACAGGGGCGGCAACUUCAACAAGGGCAACUUCAACAAGGGCAACUUCAACAGGGGCGGCAACUUCAACAGGGGGGGCAACUUCAACAGGGGGGGCAACUUCAACAGGGGGGGCAACUUCAACAGGGGCGGCUUCAACAACGGAGGCAACAACGGAGGCAACAACGGAGGCAGCAACGACGACGGGAACGGGAAGAAGUUCAACAAGAAGCCCUUCAACAACUUCAAGAACAGGAAGACCCAGGAGUUGGGCGCGGCGGACAACUGAGCGGCGGCAAGUAGGUAGCGGGCGGCUAGCAGGAGCUGCUCUGCCCAUUGACGCACUUCUUUCAAAAGCGCCAUCUUUCGCGCCAUCUUUCGCGCCAUCUUUCGCGCCAUUUCACGCGCCAUUUCUCUCGCGUUAUUUCACGCGCCAUUUCACGCGCCAUUUCACGCGCCAUUUCUCUCGCCAU